AGUCAAGGUAUAUUUUUAUGUCAGAAGAAAUAUGCUAAUGAGAUUCUGAAUCAGUUUGCAAUGGCUAAUUGCAAAACAGUCAGCACAUCUAUGGUUCCUUGUGAGAAGUUAAGAAGUGAUGAUGUCGCAGCUAAAAUUGAUGCAGGAGUUUACCGGAGUUUAAUUGGGAGAGUGUUAUAUUUAUCAGCAACUAGACCUGAUAUAAUGCAUUUAGUAAGCCUUUUGUCUAGGUUUAUGCAUUCUCCCAGUGAAAUACACCUCAAGGCAGCCAAAAGGAUCUUGAGGUAUGUGAAAGGAACAAUUGAUUUUGGUGUUCUUUAUAAAAGUUCAACAAAUGUGAAGCUAAUUAGAUUCACAGAUAGUGAUUGGGCUGGUUUAAAGGAAGAUAUGAAAAGCACCUCAGGACAAUGUUUUUCUAUUGGUUCAGGGAUGAUUGGUUGGAGUUCUAAGAAGCAAAACUCGAUUGCCAAGUCAACAACAGAAGCUGAGUACAUUGUUGCUUCUCUUGCUGCAGAUCAAGUUGUGUGGUUCAAGAAACUGAUGAAUGAUUUAAAACAACCUCAGAUAUAUCCUACUGAGUUGUUUUGUGAUAAUUUAUCUGCUGUUGCAAUUGUUAAGAAUCAUGUUCUUCAUGGCAGAACCAAGCAUAUCAAGAUCAAAUAUCAUUCUAUCAGGGAGGUAGUUAGGGAAGGUGAAGUUCAAGUUUUGCAUUGUAAUUCAGAUGACCAAAUUACUGAUAUAUUCACUUAAGGAUUGCAUAAGUGCAUAUUUGAGACACUAAGAGACAAGCUCGGGAUGAGCAGCAUUAAUGUUAAGGAGGAGUGAAAACAGCAAUGCAAGAAAUGGAUGUUGACAUUGACACAAAUGUUGUCAUGUUAGUUUACAGUUUGUAACAGUUGUUUAGUUGUUUUUGAUCAGUUUGUUUUUUAUGACUGUAGUGCAGUUAACUUUCAGUUUUUAUCAGUUUGUAUCAGUUUGUUUUAUUUCCUUGUAAAUAGCAGAUUUGUUCAAUGAAAAUUUUAGUUCUGC